CAAAACUUAAAUCUUUGGUAUAAUAUUACUUAGUUGCUUUGGUUGCUUAGCUGAUUACUUCCUUUACUGAGCAAUUGGCCUCUCUCAUCAUGGAAGCUGCCAAAGAUUAAGUAAAUCUAGAAUGUAUUCGCAUAUUGAAUUAUGUAGACAAUCACGUUGUGCUUUUGGGUUUGACAUACCGUGUGUUCAAUAUCUAUGUUUUUCUGAUUUUCUAUCGUUGUGACUGAAAUACUUACGGCUUCACGGCAAAAGAGUAUCGUUUCUGGUUGGACGAGGCAGCGGAGCAGCAGCAAGAAAAAGGAUGGGCAGCUUGGAAGGCUGCGAGCUUCGACCUCUGCAUGAGCCUACAAGAUUUUCGUCGUGGACGAGGAGUGUGGAAGCGCCAAGUGGAAACGAAAGCGACGACACUAUCGUGGGAGGAAUGGCAUCGAGAGUAUCGGAUGGAUUUCCCGGACUGCAUUGACGAGGAAAGGCGGAGGAGAUUGCAGACCUUAGCAAAGAACGCAGCACUGAAGAGACGUGCAGAACUAAUAGCUCCAGGGAUUGGAGAUCUGGAGGGAGAGGAACUUGGUCAAGCACUAUCCAAAUACGCAAGUACGUAUGAAACGAAUGUGCUGGUGCGACUUGUGGGAAAACCAGACCGACCACCAUCCGCGGCGAACACAUCCAAGAGGCCUAGGAAGGUGAAUCCGAGGCGUGUUAUGAAGAAGAAAGGCAAGAAGAAGAGGAAAGGCAACAUAAAAAAGGAAGAGAGAGCUAAAUAAGAGAAAAGGCAAAAAGUAGGCAAAGAAGAAGUGUUAUAACCUCUAGAGAAGUAAGAGCCCCUGCGUAUCAGGCAAAGGUAAAACUGACUGGUAGAGCAAAAUAGUGGUAUGCAUAUGUGAAUAUGUACACUACAGUGUUACACACGUUUCAAAGCCUUGCGAAAAAUCAGAAAUGGAAAGUUCGUUCUUUUGUGUCUCCAUUUCUUACAUUUCUUAGCGGUGGGAGAAGUUGAAAGAAGAGGCACUGUUCUAAAAGCCUGAAAAAUAACGUGAAAGAGAAUACAAAUUGCCUUUCCUCUGCCCAUAAGGAUAAAUAGUUAAUGUCGCUGCCGGAAAUCGAGGGACAAUGAAGUAGUAG